CAGACCGUAGAAUCCACAUCCGCAUCCGCAUCCGCAUCCGCAUCCGCAUCCGCAUCCGCAUCCACAACCAUGAGCAACGAACCGCGACAGCCGGACUCUUCCGAGAAACCGCCAAGCGGUCGGGGCGGUGAAACGCUGGUGCAAAUAGGUCUGCUGCUGGCCGAUGCCUUUGCGGACGUCUUUCCGGAACUGGCGGCGGCAGAGACAAAAGCAGAAACAGAAGCAGAGACAAAGACAAAGACGAAGACGGCAACACCGGCAGGGGGGGAGGCGCGGGAGAGCGCCCACCAGAGGGGCCACCGCCGCAACCCGAAUCGCCAGCGAUCGCAUCCGGGCCGGGCACACGGUGCAAGCACAUACACAAACCAAAGCACAAAGCCAAUCCCCACGGCACGGAGCAGCAGCCUGCUGGGACAAAUGGUGCGGCGGAGGUACGCCUGGGCGAGGAGGGAGAGCCUCUUGACAGACGCGGAAACCGUCGCCGACGCCAACGCCCGGGCUUUUCUGGAAGCCCGCCGAGGCAUUUGCAACGGCAGCAGCCACAACAACAACAACAACAACAACAACAACAACAACAACAACAGCAGCAGCAACCUCGCGGGGGCCAAAAAGAAGAAACGACGAAAGAAAAAGAAAAAGAACAAGCCGGGUAGUGGAAAGGCGAACCAAAACAACAACGACGUGGAUCUGCCCCUCACGGUGAUCGCCACGGAAGAAAACAACGACACCGAAACGGAAGACGUUGUUUUUGGCGACGGCAACGACAAAGACAACGACAACACGCAACACGGGAGUUUGAACUCGCGUUCGCGGCUGCUCAACGGCACCAACAACAACAUCAACAACGGCGAUUCCUACGACGGCGGCAAGAGCAUGAUGUCGGCGGAAGACCAUUCCCUCGACGCCAUGGACGAGGCCCUCAAGAUCGAGUGCGAAAAAAACGCUAGGGAGAAGGAGCGAGCCACCAUAGGCCACCACCCGCUGCUGGCCUUACUGCCGCCGGACGACAGCUUCCCGGUCGAGGAGUGUCCCUCGCAGUUCCUCGACCAGAUCAUGGCCCAGAACGAGGACCAGCAGGAACAGGGCACCGAGCGAUGGGAAAGGGUCCUCCCGGACGGCUCGGGCCAUUCCGGAUUUCACGGUGUGCACCUUGGCUCGCCAUUUCUCGGUGCCUCCCCCCUGCAGCUGCCGCGAGACGGCGUCCGGGAGGAGGACAGCGACGAUCUCUGGAAGAACCACCCACUGGACCUGCCCUUUCUCUCGACCCCCGAGCGCGGCUUUGGGAGCGGUCCCCCGUCGUCUUCCGACGACGGAAAGGCUCUUGCGCGGGCAGCGGAAAACGGCCUCUCCGGGACCGGCGGCGGGCAAGCACGGUCGCUCCUGUACGCGUGGAUCGAGGGCCACCGCGAAACCGCGAUCGGGGACGCCGGCGGAGAAAGGGACCGGAAGGAAUGGGACUCCUUUCUCGCCUUUUGCAACCACCGGCGGAAGGACAUUCCGCUCGCGGGGACGGAGAACGGGGGCGGCCCGCUACGGGAGAUCCUCGAGAGCGGUGCGACCAAGGGAGAGCCAAUCGUGCUACGGCCGCUCUGGCAGGGGGAGCGAGAACGAGACCGAAACCGAGACGAAAAGGGCAUCGCUGCAUGCGUCGACGAGGCCUUCGACUAUGUGAAACUGGAGGAGGGGAACUACUCCCCCACCGCAACCGACGCAGAGGACACGGUGGUCCACCAAGACUCCGGCCAGCAGCAGCAGCAACAGCAGCAACAACAAGAAUACCGGCACCUGUCCUUUGUCGUCUCUCGCAGGGCUGGGGACGGCGGUGCCCGCAACGGUGCCCACAAGAAACACGGCAGGGGACAAUCCCCCAAAGCAAGCACUUGUGCUAGCGCCGGCGGAGGCGAGCAGCACUUUUUCCUCCAGGGAGACCUCACCAUGGAGCGGAUGGACGACUUUUUCCACGAGUGGCUCUCGUUCGGCGUGGACGUCGACCUAUUGGUCGACCGGUCCGAAGAAAACGGCAGCACCGGGGAAAUUGCCCCGGGAUCGGACACCGCGGAUGGUUCCGUGGCAGCUACAGCCUCCCCGGCAUGCGACGAAUCGGAAUUGAAGGCGAUCCAGAAGAAAGUGGCGGAUAAACCCUAUGUGUCCGAUGCAUCGAUGGAAAAGCUGGCGAAGGAACUGGAAAACGUGUCCAGGGCCCCGGGCAAAAACCUGGAGUACUCCUUCACCGCGAUCCGGUCGAUGCAGGACGUGGAACAAAGCUGCAAAAGCUUUGUGGACGACACCCUGGUCCCGAUCCUGGAAGAGGUGUGCUUUUCGCACGCUUUGGCGUUUUCCCACUACUGCGCCGACCUGCAGCUUGGCGUGUUGUCGGCCUACCUCGGGGCAAUAGAAGCGACGAUCCGCGCGUCCGAUGUCUACUAUUGCAGGCUGGCGGGCCUCGUGGACAUGAACAACCAGAGGCUGCCCCUUUUCUUCAACAGCGCCGAGUACCGAUCGCUCUACUGGGAUCUGGCCAAGCAAAAGAUCGAGGGCCUGCUGGGCGUGGGCAAGCAGCUCGCAUCGGAAUUGGCGAUGAAAGAAUUCUACGCAAGGAGCGUGUGGGAGGAGAGGCAGCGCAGGCCCCGAAACGGUGAACACAACAACGAGAACGACGAAAACGACCAAUGGGAGUCCAGGCGGCGGCUCGACCAGGACUGCCUGGACCUGGUCCUGGCGCUGACGGAAUGGACCAACACCAUAACGGACAACAAAAUGGAAGCGAUCAACCGGGUCCGGACCGAAGGCCUCAAGAAGGUCUUUCGUCUCCUGGGGGACGCCGCGGGCUCCCUCGGAGACGAAUACGGGGCCGUCGAGGCCUGUUUUUCGGAGGAACGCCAGAGGUACUUUUCGUGGCUCCUCUCCAGCGUCCGAUUGGCGCACGGGGUGAAGGACACGAUGAGGCUCGUCGAGAUGGACGACGUCGUCGGCCUGGCCACCGGGGUGGUGCUGAUGUGGAAGCACGUCCGGAUCGUACAGGGCCGCCUGGACCGCUGCCUGCGGUGGUCUUGUGCGCCUCGCUCAGCUGCAACGGGUCCCCGGCAGCGGCUGCCGCUGUCGCUGCAGCGAUGGAUCCUGGAGGAAAGAGCCGGAACCGGUGCCUGCUCGGAAAGUCCCGAAACGAUAAACAGGGGGGAGCUGGCCCGCCAAUUCUACGUUUGGCUGCAAGAACAGUGCAACGAGUGGAAGGCGGAACUCGCGAGCCUGGAACUGCUCACCGACCUCGACCGCCACUCUUCCUCGUCUCUGGUGCCACACGACCCGGCUUCCGGGCCGGGCACCCACGGGGCCGGCAAGAAAGCCAAAAAGAAAAAGAACAAGAAGAAGAACCUCCACAGCGGGGCGGUCGGCGGACCCGCGCGUGUUCCUUCCAGCAGCGAACACGGCCGUCCCGCACCGGCGGAGAACACCCCGUCCAACACCGGUCCGGAGACCGAUGGCAUUCCGAGCAGCGGCACGGGAAUUCCGCCGGCGUUGCCGCCAACGCCAACCAGGGCGGGGAACGAAGACGGCAUCGUUGGUGGUGGUGGUGGUGCAGCGGGCAGCACCAGCGGGGUUUGCUCGGGAAGCAUCGACGUCGAAGCCGUCGUCGAGGACGAGGAAUCCGGGUGCACCAUUCCCGCGAUGGACUUCCUGACGGAUCGAUUGGUCGAGCUGAUGAGACUGGCAGAAGACGAUAGCGUACUGAUAAUCGAUUAGCGUUUAUUUUAGCAGCUGCACUACACUACACGAC